UCCCUCUCUCUGGUGGGAAAAGAAAGCAAAAGAAGGGGAGGUGAGAUAUUUUCGAUCAAAUUCUCAGAUCUCUCUCUGCACGAGUUCAAGACCUUUAAUCGCUUUAUCAAAUAACCAAAAUGGGCCAGCAAUCGUUGAUCUACUCAUUCGUUUCAUGUGGAAAUGUGAUUCUUGCUGAGUACACAGAAUUCAGUGGCAAUUUCAAUUCCAUAGCGUUUCAGUGCCUCCGGAAGCUCCCUACCACCAACAAUAAGUUUACUGACAACUGCGAUGCCCACUCCUUCAAUUACCUCGUCGACAAUGGCUACACCAUGGGACGUGGUAGAAAGCGGCAGCUACCGGAGUUAACCCUCGAUGUAUCGACGGAACUGCCAGAAAUCGACGGCAAUUCCCCGGAGUGUUGUGGAUCCAAGGCGGAACAAGGAGGCGGCGAUGUUUUGCCACAGGGAAAGGAGCAAUCUACGGAAAAUAAGAGCACUACAGUGUAAUCAAGAACACUACAGUUGGACCUGUUGAACAGAGAGGUGAAAAAGUGGAAAAAGUUGAAGACGAAAGCCCAGCGAAUGAUCAGACGAUGAUAGAGAGAGGUCAAGCUCGCCGCUCUUGGUUCGUUACCUCAGUGCUUUUAUCAUUAGGAAUUCUGUGAUUAAGGUAUCGGUGAUUUUAUCAUUUGUAAUUCUGAGAUUGAGGUGUCUGGAGCUUUUACCAUAAAUUUUAAAUAAGACUAUGAAAUUGUGAUUUGGAGACGUUAGAGCGCCUUGCAAUGAGUUUACUUGAAAUUUUGGGCCCAUUUUGGGCCUAACUCAAAA